CCCUCCCUGCCCCCACCCCCUGCUCUUCGGCUCCCAGGGCCCCGAGCGGCUCCCAGCUCUCCCACGGACACAUGUGCUUAGGAUGUGUGCUGAUCGUGUCCGUAGUGGAACAACUGGCGCAAGUCCACAAUUCCACCGUGCGGGAGGGGAUGGAGAAACUGUGCAGCUUCCUCCCUGAAAAGCUCUCCCUGCAAAACAUCUGCUACCUCACGGCAGAAAUAUUGGGACCCGACAUCAUCAAACUGCUGAGUCUGAAGCUGAACGCGGAUGUGGUCUGCCAUGCCCUCCACUUCUGUAAGCAGAAGCCCGGGCAGCCCCUCUGCCACCUGUACAACCCGCCCCAGGGGGGCCUGAAGCGGGCCCUGCACAGAGCCAGCAGGAGCCUCGGGCACUCGCCACCCCAGACCAGUCCAGGGGAUAGUUUGGGGAUCUGUUGGAUCCCUGCGUUGGCCAAGUUCUGUCAGAAAAUUGAAUACAUUCUGAACUCGGCCCUGCCCUGGGAGGACGCGGACGGGGACAAGCACAGCGCCUUCCCCACUCUGAGAGGCUUUUACUGGAGAGGGAGAGACUGCAAUGACAGAAACAGUGACGUCUACCCAGGCCGACGGCCAGAGAACUGGGACGCGCACCAGGAUUCCAACUGCAAUGGCAUUUGGGGAACAGAUCCAAAUGAUGGCAUCCCAUACGAGAAGAAAUUCUGUGAAGGUUCAGAAGCCAAGGGUCUCAUUGUGCUGGGGGACUCGGCCGCAGCCCAUUUCCACAUACCCCCAGAGUGGCUGAUAGCGGCACACAUGUCUGCGCAAACGUUCUCCAAUCUGCCGAUGGCUUUGAGCAAUGAGUUAGACUGGCCCCAGCUCUCCGGCAUGACAGGAUUUCUGAAUUCUGCCAGCAGAUUCCCUGACAACUCUGUUUAUCUGCGCCUUCGUCGGAGAAACCGCUGCAACCACCGAGACUACCAGAACAUUUCCAGAAACGGCGCUUCUUCCGGGAACCUUUGGAAGUUCUUGGGAAGCUUGUCCAGAAACCAACUGUCGGAUCACCCAGCCAUCGUCGUCUACACCAUGCUCGGGAACGACGUGUGCAACGGGAAGAGCAACACGGAGUCCAAGAUGAGCACCCCGGAGGCCCUGCGAGCUCACGUCCUGGACACGCUGGCCUUCCUGAAUUCCCGCCUCCCCCAGGGCAGCCACGUGGUCCUCUAUGGCCUGGUGGACGGGCGCUUCCUCUGGGACACCCUGCACGCCCGCCUCCAUCCUCUGGGCCAGCUGAACAGAGACGUCACCUACCGGCAGCUCUACGCCUUCCUCAGCUGCCUCCAGGUGAACCCCUGCCGGGGCUGGAUGACCGCCAACAAGACUCUGCGAACUCUGACCUCUCAAAGAGCCGCGCAACUUUCCAGUGUUCUGGAAGAAAUCGCAGCCAGUGCGAAAUUCACCAACCUGAGCCUCCUGUACCUGGAUUACCCUUUAAGAGAAAUAUCUGAGGAAUGGCAGAGGAGGGGAGAGCCCUGGCAGCUGAUCGAGCCUUCGGACGGCUUCCACCCCAGCCAGGUGAGGGCUGGGCAGGCCCGGGGGCGGGGGGCGGGGCGUGUCACAUGGAGGCCUUGAAGGACACUCCAAGGUCGGGGGGUCACAUGGAGGCCUUGAAGGACACCCCAAGGAGCUGAGGGAGCCACUGCAGCCAGAGGGGCUUGUGCUGCCCACCCACAGGAGGCUCUCCUGAGAGGUGCCAGGGUGGGGCAGGGAUGGAGGUCCUCCACCUGUCCCCCACCCUCCAUCCUGACAGCAAAGGGCCUCUGGGAACACAGCCAACAAAAGGCUCAGAGAAGGCUCCUCCCUCGGCCCAGAGCCCGGCUCCUCCCUCCCUGACCCCAAGCUGGGCUCUCAGGGCACAGACACUGCCCAUUGUUCCUGGCACCAUCCAGACUCCAGCCCCAGCACAGAGAGGGAUUAAUGUAUUGGUUAAGCUGGUCCUCCCUGUGUGUGCUUUUUUCCCAUGACCACCCGGGCCUUGCCCCCAGCUAGGAAGGAUCCGUAACUUGGAUAUCUCAGUGUUUUAGCGCUUCCAGGUCAGGGAGAGCACCGAUGGUGCCUUGCUUUAUCCUUGCCCCAAGUUUGUGUGGGAGGAAACUGAGACCGGUCGGGGGGAAUGACCCCCAGCCGCUGAGGGCAGACUUGGGCUCCUGGGUGUGGGCCCGGCCGCUCUCCCCCAGCGGUCCCUGUUCUGGGUGAUCAGUGUCUGGGAGAGGAGACUUCGCCUGUGUCCCAGGGGCCCCAACUGCCCCCGGGGAGAACCUCGCCCGCAGACAAUGGCUCAGGGAGACCCCGGAGACAGAGCCUGCUCACAGUCGG